CUUUAGGUCACGCAUCCUCAUCAGAUCAUGAACGAGUACGCCGUACUACACACUCUUCACAACUACUAGCCAGCUUAGAUCAGACGCUUCUCUACAUAUAGAAUACUUUAAAUAUAUCUUCGAACUCAUUCAUCCCUGAAUUCCGAUCUGUAUGAGUAUGAGAUUAUUCAAUUGUAAAGUUGUCACGGACGAAAUCGUCGUCAACUCUGAAUAUCUAUGGUAUCUGUACACCCAAUGAUGCUAUAGCGAAUUUUUAAGUAGAUAAAGUUUUCUUGCUUUUUCAGCUUAGCUAUAUGCCUAGAAAUCGUUCCUCUAGACAAUGCUGCACUUCGAAGCAUCAAGUAAUUGAAGUACGGAUUCAAAGGUGUCGUAACAUCAAUAACACGCUAAGAAUUAUAAAGACACGUAAUGCCAACCUCUGAUAUACAUAUUAAAUAUCGGGAAGUUAAAGAAAACUUUGAAAAUUACUUCAAUACAUUCGUCAGUCUGUUACGUCAUGUUCAUCCAAAAAGUCUUGAAUUGGCCGAACAACAUUUCCAAAAUGUAACGUCGUAUAAUUUAUCCAGUGGCAAACGAAUUCGAGGAGUGUUGGUUGUCCUUUCGUAUAUGGUGUUCAGCAAUAAAAAUGAGAACUCUAGAAAAAACUUGUCAUGUGUUUAUCUUAUUGGUUGGUGUGUCGAAUUGGUAAAUAUUUUAGUUCCCCCAAUCGACUCUUUUCCAGGUUAAUUUUCCUUAUAUCCUGAUAUUAUUCAAAACAUCCGUGAAAAUUACGGUCAUAUUGUUAAUCUAUGUACCAAUAGAGCUAUGUAUUAUGUACCUUUCCCCACAAGAUUGAACUCAAUGCUCUUAAAUUCUUUGAUGAAGUUAUUGGAUUUUCGGACUAGUAAGUUACACGCAGGAUUUCUUGUUUUGGAUGAUAUAAUUGACAAUUCCACCCUUAGACGAGGCCAACCGUGUUGGCAUUGUACUCAAAUAGAUUCAAACCGUGGAUUAAUUGGAGUUAAUGAUGGUUUACAUCUGAUUUUAUCAUCGAAAUACUUGAUCCACUCAUUAUUUGCUGAAAAUCAAAGUGAUGUUGAUUCAUAUUCGUGGAAAGACAAAAAUAACGUAUAUCUCAAAUUAUGCAAGUUGUUUGAUGAAAUUAGUUACAAGACAUGUUCUGGUCAAUGUUUGGAUGUACUAUCAUCAAAUCCUAAUAACCAAUGUAUUUUGGACAGAAAACAGAAUAAUUUGGAGUUUGAUAGUUUUACUCGAAACUACUCACCUGAUGUCUUUGAAGCUAUAACACACUGGAAGACGGGUUUUUAUACUUUUUAUCUACCUGUAGCGUGUGGAAUGAUUUUAGCUGAAGUUGAUACAGAUGACAUUUUCAAAAGUGUUCAACACAUCCUCCUUAAAUUGGGUAACUACUUUCAAGCCCAGGAUGACUAUUUAGAUUGUUUUGGUGACAGUGAAAUUACUGGAAAAGUUGGAACUGAUAUAGCCGAAGGCAAAUGUACAUGGUUAAUUGUUGAAGCGUUUAAAUACCUUUCACCUGAACAAUAUGAAAUACUUAAAACAAAUUAUGGUAAACCUGAUCUUAAAUCGCAACAGACUGUUCGCAAUCUAUAUGAUACGAUCAAAUUACCAGAAAAGUAUCAUUUGUACGAAGAACAAACCAAGUCAGAGAUUAUGAUUACCAUUCAGAAGUUUACGUACCUAGAUCACUUUUCUUUUGAUCCUAGGGAUUUAUUUACUUUCCUUGUAGAAUUACUUUUUCAACGUGCUUGUUAAAUAAAGUACUAAGAAAAUACUUGAUAUUUUAUCCUUCUUUCUGCUUCCUUACUCUCCUCUGCUUAUGUCUUUUCUAUUGCUGUUCUCUUUUUCCAUUUCUUCUUAGUUCUACAAUUCAGUUUUUACUUUUAUCGUCAUAACAAUGUAAGAAUAAUGUUUUCAUUAAUAUUAUUUGAAGCAUUCCCCUUCUUUCAUAAUUAUGAUGCAUUUAAGUCUUUGCCAACAUAAUUUUGUCUAAACUAUCUGUUUGCUUUCUUAACAUACUGAUUUUAACAGCUUAGUAUUAAUAAUGUUUCCAUAUGAUUGACUAAAUGAUAUCAGUUUCAGUCAACUGGGUAAGUCUAAUGAAGUAUAUAGCCUUCCAUUAAGUAAAUCCAAACAUUAAGAUAUAUAGCCUCUAUGAUAAGUUAGUUUUUAUCUGAGAUAGAUGUUAUGCUAACAAAGACGAUGUUUAUUGUUUACAAAUAAUUUUUUUCGGUGGAAACAUCUUUGUUAGUCUCCAAUGCAGACUAGUAAGUAGUCUAUAUGUGAUGGUCGAAUAAAUCAAUGCCUGUCCGUCUUCUGACCUUGUCUUAAGUCGUAUAUUUCCGAAUAAAUUGAAACAACAUAUUACUUCUCGUGAAAGAAAAUCUAAUUACGUAAUAGUCAUUGUAAGUAGUUUAAUUUCUUAUUUUAUAGUCCGUUAUUAGGUAAUAGUUAUCAGUCUCCAAAAUAUUUUUUAAAUAAACUACCAGGGUGACAUGAAAUACUUAUACUACGAAUUCAUAUUGCAUACAUAUUGUAUUAUGUAGUAAAAUUCUAGAUGAUUAUUAUGCGCUUUAUACUGAGCGCACACAAUGCCACGUAAUUUUGUAAGUAAACUGAAUACUUG